AUGGCCAAGAAGUGCCCCAAAAGCAUGGUCAAAUAUGUGGCUACAAAGGGACCCUGUGGACUGGACUCUGCCAGCUGUCUCUACAAAGAGGACAUCAUGACCAUUUCAAGUUGCCGACUUUCAACAGCCCCAAAAGGACAGCUGACCUUCCGGGAUGUGGCCAUAGACUUCACUCAAGAGGAGUGGGAAUGCCUGGACCUCGGUCAGUGGGAAUUGUACAGGGAUGUGAUGUUAGAGACCUACGGGAACCUGGCCUCCUUGGGGCUUGUCUCUAAGCUGGACCUGGUCGCCUUUCUGGAGCAACUGAAGGAUCCCAGGAAUAUAAGGAGAAUGGAGACAACAGCCAUUUACCCAGCUAUGACUCCACAAGACAUCCAGGAUUUGAUGCCAAAGAAUCCAGCAUUAGAAGAUGUAGUCUCAAAAGCAAACCUAGGAAUAUAUCAAACAUUUCAGCUCAGAAACUUAAAUUUAAUGAAAGACUGGGAAUGUACGAGAGUACAUGAAAGAUGGAGAGUGUGUUUAAGUGGACAUAAAGAAAUGCAGACAGUUACACAUAAUGCUAACAUUACUGCAAAAAGAAAUCAGCAACAUGAGUCAAACUGGGAAAAACACUGCCUUCAGUCUUCAACAUCUGCAGAGAAGUGUAAGUAUUUAAGAAAAGAUUUCCAUCCUUUUGUGAAACAUACAUGUUUUCUGAAAGGAAAUAUGGAAAAUCUGGAAGGUGAUCUAAUCUCUACUGCAAAUACUCAUUCAGACAAUUCUGAACUUAGGGUUCAACUAAACAUACAUUCAAGCAUGUCUGAACACCUACAAUUUAACAAUGAGUGGGAAAACUCACAAUCUAAUCAAUUUGAGAGAUCCAUGAUCAGGAGGUCAUUAUUCUUCCCCCUACAGAUAUUUUCUCUGCAUUCCAAGAUGCAUAAUAUUGAUGAUAAUGGAAGAGACGUAAUCCAACCGUCAUUGUUCAAUACAUAUUGUGAUGUGGUUAAUACACAACAACAUUGCAUGUGUAAUAAAAUGAGUGAGACCUUAAGUAAGAGCUCCAGCUCCAAUAAUUACAAGAGUAUUUCUGGUGGACUGAGAAGGUAUUCAGGCAAUGAAACUGGGUAUACGGUUGAAGGAGACUCCAACCUUAAGAAACAUCAGGGACCCGAAUCUUCAAACAAGGAAUCUACAAGUAAUAAAUAUGGAAAUACCUUUGAUCAGAUGUCAGGUUUUUCUCUCGAUAAGAGUACUUGUACUGAAGAGAGGACUUGUACUGAAUAUGGUAAGGUUUCUAGUCAGUCUUCAGAACUUUUUCCACAGCACACUGUUCAGAUUCCACAGAAAGAAAACAAGUGUAAGAUAUGUGGGGAAGUCUUUAGUAAGCCAUCCAAUCUAAAUAAACAUGGGAAAACUCACACAGGAAGGAAACAUUUCCAAUGUACAGAAUGUAGCAAAGAGUUUAAACGUCGCUCACAUCUUACUGAACAUCAGCGAAUUCACAGUGGAGAGAAACCUUAUAAAUGUACAGAAUGUGGCAAAGCGUUGACUCACAAUUCAACUCUUUCUCAUCAUUGGCGAGUUCAUACUGGAGAGAAACAUUACAAAUGUACAGGAUGUGGCAAAGCCUUUACUUACAUUUCAGGUCUUAUUCAACAUCAGCAAAUUCAUACUGGAGAGAGACCUUAUGAAUGUAAAGAAUGUAACAAAGCCUUUGUUCGGUGCUCAGAGCUUACUCAACAUCAGCGAAUUCAUACUGGAGAGAAGCCUUACAAAUGUAAAGAAUGUUACAAAGCCUUUCGCCAAUGGUCACAUCCUACCCAACAUCAGCAGGUCCAUACUGGAGAGAGACCUUAUAAAUGUAAAGAAUGUGGCAAAGCCUUUAUUAGGAGUUCGGACCUUUCUCAACAUCACUGAAUUCAUACCGGGGAUAGACGUUAUAAAUGUACAGAAUGUGGCAAGGCCUUUUUUUAACGUUUCUAGUCUUACUAAACAUCAGCGACUCCAUACUGGGGAGAGACCAUUUUCAUGUACUGAAUGUGGCAAAGCCUUUGCUUACAACUCAGCACUUAUUCAACAUCGGCGAAUUCAUACUGGAAAGAAACCUUAUA